UACUGAAUCGCAGUUUGUGAAUUGCCUUCAACAAAUAAUAGAUAUUUUAAAAACUAUCACAAUGUUUAAGUUAAUUCUUUUAUGCAUCGUUGUUUGUGUACUAAAUAAGACUUCGGUUAAAUGUAGAACUGAUCUUACUUCUCUUACUUGCAAUGAAGAAUUUGAAACUUAUAAGAAAAUUAAUAAUAAGAGCUACUAUCGUGUAUAUGAUAAAUUACGAAGCCUUGAAGCAUUUAACGAAAAUUGUAAGCUUGUAAAUGACCAUAACAAACUUUACAAGUACGGUGAUAGAAAUUUUACUUUGGGAACCAAUGCUUUGGCAGAUUUGAAUACCGAUGCCUAUCUUAAAAGGUAUUUGCGUUUAAUAAGGAGUCAACGUAACACCAGUACAGAAGAUAUGAAGGAAGUUGUUGGUAUGUCACACUUGGAGAAUGUUCCAGAUAGCUUUGAUUGGAGGAAAAAAGGAUUUACUACGCUAGCGCAUAAUCAACAAAACUGUGGAUCAUGCUAUGCUUUCAGUAUUGCCGAGAGUAUAGAGGGACAAAUUUUUAAACGCACUGGUAAACUUUUGUCUCUAAGUGUACAACAAAUUGUGGAUUGCAGCAUUUCUUUCGGUAAUCAAGGGUGCACUGGCGGCUCUCUACGAAACACAUUAAGGUAUUUACAGGCCACAGGAGGACUUAUGAGAUCAUCUGAUUACAAAUACGUUUCAAAAAAAGAAAAAUGCCAGUUUGUCGGUGAUUUAGCGGUAACAAAUGUUUCUUCUUGGGCCAUAUUACCUGCACAUAACGAAAAUGCCAUUGAAGCAGCUGUGGCACAUAUAGGUCCUGUAGCAGUAUCAAUUAAUGCAGCUCCAAAAACAUUUCAACUAUACAGUGCCAGAACAAUCACGACUAAUGCCCAGGAAAAAAUCAAAAAACGUAAUCGAGAAUACAGCAAACGCUAUAGGGACCGAUUGAAAGUGAAACAACUUCAACUCGACACUUCAAUACUUGACCAAGGCCCAGGAAACAUUGGCUGCAUCUCGCCUACAAAGAAUGGCGUGAAAGAAUUACAAAAGGCACGAAGUAAUAUCGACAAAGAAGUAAGGUCUUCUCCAGUUUAUGAUGGGAGAAGGGAAAUGCCAAAAGAAACAAACCAGACAGAAAUACAAACACAGCAUCACAACUCCCCUACUUCAACAUACCACGGUCCUUUUCGCGUUUAUGAAGAAUCUGCGUUUUGUACCGAGCCUAGAGCACAAUUAUAUAAUGACAGAAACAUUCCCGCUGAAGGAAACUGCCUCUUUUAUUCUCUGAUAAAAAUUCUAGGACUCAAAAUAUUGCCUCUAGCACUGAGAAGACAACUUAGAGAGUCACGUUUUUUACAAUCAUGCGGAGAUCCUGAGAACACGAGACAAAUACUUCUCAGUAACAAUCAAUAUGGCGAUGUCGAUUGUAUACACAUCUUUACACAAGAAUAUAAUCGAAAUGCAUGCGUCCAUCUACACUAUACUCAUGGCAUAAAUAACACUGAUCGAGUAAUUUACUGCCACUUUCGUGUCAAUGAUUCACCUAAUUUCAUUUAUUUACACCUUCGUGGUCUUCAUUUUACGCCAUAUCUGCCGAUUCCGCAAAUACUUCCACACGAAGCAAGAGAAACUCCUGGUAAAGAACUCUCAAAAUCUACUGAAUCAACCCCAGAUGCAGAUGAACCACUCAUAGCACCCAAAGUGGCGAUUGACGAGAACAAUGAUUUUGCACAGACUAAUGUACCUAUUAGCUCCAAUUUAUACAAAUUAUAAUCAGCAGGCUAAGGG